AUGGAUACUCCAUCAGUAAAAUUAAAUAUUCCCCAAAUCACUUCACAUGUUGAAGAUGCUUCCACUCCAAAGGCAAACAAGAAGGUCUUUAAAUUCAUCCAGGUACCUGAUUACACUGGAGCUGGAAUUAUUCAUGUCAAGGUUAAGAACUAUAACACAACCAACGUUUCCAUCAUGCUUUACUGUUUGGAAGACAAUCAUGAUACCAACAUGACAUUGACCUACACAACCACCAUUCCAUGCACCACCGCUCGUCAUUACAGAUACACACCAACUCAAAUGACCUGUGCCGCCUACUAUGCUAUUUUGGUUCACAAUCAACAGAGUUAUCCAGCAACUUUGCCAGCUUCCAACAUCAUGUCAUUCCCAGGAUAUAUGGUAUUUGCUGCAUCUGGACCAUACACUCCACCAGACGUUGUAACUUCGGUUAAUACUGGAGUAAAGUCUUGGGUUACUUCACAACAAGAUUCAUCACUCAAGAGAUUGACAACUGGUGAUGAUCCACAACUUCCAUCACUCACCCAAACUAUUUCUGAAUUAAAGACUUCUGGUGUACCAGCAAAUUUCUUUACUACCGAUGUUACCAAUAAUCUACAAAUCUUGUUGAAUCAAUACAAUGAUUCUUUCACUCAGUUAAAGGCAGCAGUGAAGGCAAACGGACCACACGCAACAAUUGCAACAAAGCAUGAUCAAUCUGUUUCCUGGGGAUGCUGGUGGUGUCAAGUAGGAUUCGGUAUCAUCAUUACACUCCUAACUUGUGCAAUCACAGUAGCUCUAUUGGCAUUGAUUCCCACUGGAUUUGGAGCUGCUGCCGCUGGUGGUAUUGCAGCCUAUCUUGUUGUUUGGUUCGAUCUCGCUGCCGCUACUGCAUCUACCGUUGCCACUGGCCUUAUUAGCACUGUUGUUACUGUUGGGUCUGUUUCAAUCGGUACCAUUCUGCUCAAUUUACCAAACCUUAUCUGUGAAGCCAUCGGAACUUGCAAAUAA